GGAUACGCGAUAAGGCAAGCAAAUAGCAACCUCAUCUCCAAAGUCCGAACGCUGAGAUUGAUAGAUUCAGAGACUGAGAGCCAAUUGUGAAAGAAUGGCUUCGCUGACAGUGUUAUCAUCGGCGUCACCUUUGCUUUCGUGCGGAGGAGGUAGACAGGCUUGCAUUCCUUCAGCUUCCCUCACAUUCCUUGCGGGUUCAACAAGGAGGAGCUCGGUGUCGUUGAAUGCUGGGAGCAACCCCAUCCCUCGUUCCGGGCUGCUUCAUUGCUCCUUCAUUCCCUCCUCUUCCUCUUCUUUUUCGUCCUCUUUCUCUUUCCCUUCUUCCUUUUCAGGUUUAUCUUUGGGUUUGAAUUUGAGUUAUGGUAUUGGGGUCGGAAGAGAAAAAGGCCGCAGCUUAGUUGUGAGGGCUGGGAAGUUCGCUCUUUGUCAGACAAAGAGAAACAGGUCGCGAAAGUCUCUGGCUCGAACUCACGGCUUCCGCAGACGGAUGAGAACCACCAGUGGCAGAGCAAUAUUGAAGCGCCGACGUGCGAAGGGACGGAAGGUCCUCUGCACAAAGUCCAACCCCAACAGCGGGAAGCGUGCUUAAUCGUCACUCUGCAUGAUUCAGUGUCAGCGGAUAAGUGCAAUGAUAUGCAAUGUUGUCCAGUAGUUUCACAGAGGUGGACUUAGUUGGGUUUCCAUCUUAUGUGCCAUGAUAACGAUUGUAAUCCAUCAUUAGGAGGUAUUUUGUGUAUUGCAAUUCACUUUUUCUGUCA